GCCAGCUAGUCCUAAUUGAGAAGGUUGAUUUGAUGCUACCCCUGACUGUGAAUAGCAUCACACUUUCCUCUUCGCGACCUUCAGAAACGGCUUCCUCGUCCCAGCGCUUUGAGACCCUCGGGCUAGGAUACUUGGGGAUGCUUGUGGAGGUUGUGGUAGUAAUCGGUCGAGACUCCUACAAUAGGGUAUGUUUCGCCGGACUGGGAGAGAUCGAUAUCGGGGUAGGAAGGGGGGGAUGGUCGAGUUUGUCGUGCCCCGUAGGAUACCUACUUAUACUCAUGUAUUCCCCCCUAUGACCUCUUCCCCUAGACAGGCUAUCCAGACAUCUUUGAAUCAAUUUCAGUCUCGACACACAAAACCAUGAUCUCCAACGUCCUCACCGUUGCCACUCUGGCCGGCGCAGCCAUGGCUGCUUGCCCACUCUCUGUCCAGAUUGUCGGCGCAGACCAUCAUGUCGCCCAAGUCUCCGUCACCAACACCGGAGCCGAGCCCAUCACAGUCUUCAAGGGCAACACGGUGCUCAGUGAACACGCUACCAAGGAUCUCGUCGUAACUGAUGCCUCCGGCAAGGCACUUCCCUUCGAGGGCGCCUACGUCAACUACAAGCGUAGCGGCGUCUCUCCCGACAUGUUCCAGACCCUCCAGCCCGGCGAGUCCGUCACGGCGUCCGUCAACGCCGCCAGGACCUACAGGCUCUCGGGCGUCAAGAGCGCCAACAUCUCGGCCCUCCAGGGUUUCAAGUACGUCACGGGAACGACCGCGCCCGACUCGCUCAAGGACCUCUCCUUCUGCGAGGCCAGCUCGGACUCGUACACCAUCACGCCCGACCAGAGCAAAGCCGCCGAUGACCACAUCUCCAAGCGCCUAGCAGGAGCUCCCGCCUCCCGCAUCGCCAGGCGCUCCGUUACCUACCACUCCUGCUCCACCGCGCAGACCAACUCACUCAAGACCAGUGUCUCGGACGCCAUCUCCAUGGCCGGCGCGGCCUACACGGCCGCCGGCUCGGCGGCGUACUACUUCACCACCUGGUUCCGGUCCACCUCGCAGGAGUCCAAGGUGCGCUCCAUCUACAACGACGUCAAGAACGUCCAGACCACCUCGCCCGCCAUCUCCUGCGCCGACACCUACCGCGGCUGCUCCGACGGCAGCGCCCUGCUGUACACGAUCCCCAGCGCCAACACCAUCGUCCCCUGCCCCAACAACGGCUUCUGGGGCUUCCCCGAGUUCGCCAGUACCUGCGCCGACGACGACUAUGACAGGGCUGGCAGCAUCCUGCACGAGAUGACGCACCUGUACGGCACGGAUGACUAUGCGUACGGCCAGACGGCUGCGAAGCAGCUCUCGGCUGCGCAGGCAGCGGCGAAUGCUGAUAGUUAUGAGAUCUAUGCUGGGAGUGUGCGUCUUGGUGGGUGCAGCUCUUAGAGGAGGAUCAAAAUGGGUGGCGGGCACAAUGUGACAGAUCUGGUGACAAUUUUCCAUGACGAUCAUGAUAAUCUAUGACCAUGGCUCCAAUAGGUACUCGGCGUGGUUUGAUGAUGUAGUACGAGAUAUGUAGACGAAUAUGAAGUGCUUCCUCUGAGUCGUCCGAAUGUUGUGCGGUAGCCAGUCCCUCACCGUCGAUUCGU